CCCAUUUGCCCUCAACGACCCAUAUCAUGUGACAUUUAUCCUUAUUUGUUUGGUUCAGCUCCCGGAAGAUACUACAUCUAUGAUAAAUACGAAACUUGAUAAAUUAACUCCAUGUGCACGGCGGCGGCCCUAGGGCGGCCGUCAACUCAACUAGCAAUAUGAUAUGACGUCUAAAAAUCCAAUCAUAUUCCCGAACCCUAAAGUGAUGCAGGGAUUCAUGCCCCGCACAUCACAUGAAGCGCCGAAGCGAUAAGUACCCUCACUUGACCCCUCAGAUCUCCCCAAAUGACCCAGAAGAUGUCGCUUCAAAUUCCCCGGGAGGACCUCCUCUCAAUCCUCUUCCAGCUAUGGCAGAAAAACCCCACCAAAUCUCUCAUCCGGGAUGUCUCCGGUACAGGAUACGAGGCCAGCGUGGAGCAAUUCCUAUAUGACAUAUUGACUACGCGAGAGCGUAUCCUGACAUUUCUAGACACAGACAUCAAAGACCAAUUGAACAGUCCAGACACGGACAUCUUCGUUGGAGUUCUCGUCGGUCCAGGAUACGCUUUCGCCGUAAUAGCCCUUGCAUUGUACAGCAUUGGGGCCGUGGUAGUACCCCUCUCGCUAGGAGUCCAUCCCUCCGAAGCCAAAUACUUCCUGCAGCUCUGCCACACGACACUGCUCCUCACAGUCCCGACCUCUGAUAGCCACGCCCAAUCUAUAUCCACCACCACAAACAUCCCAACCCUCACCAUCACAACAACCCAAUCCCCCAGACCCCCCAACGUAACCUUCACCCUCCAAGCACCCUCGGCCCCCAAACUCAACCCAGAGAAGGGUUUCGUCCUCCUCUACACAUCCGGCACCACCGGACCCCCAAAGGGCGUCCUCCACUCCCGCCGCGCAGCAGAAAUUGGCCUCACCACCAACAUAAAAGCCCUCGGCCUAACCACCGCCGAUACAUGGCUCCACUACUCCCCUGUCCACUGGGUCGGCGGCUGGGUCUCCAUGUUCCAUUCCCUUCUCUCCGGCGCAUGCCUAGAGUUCUGUGCAUCGGUGUUUAGCCCGGAGUGGCUCUUAUGCCAAUGGGAAAAGAAGCCCGGAUCUAAUGAAAGUCCAACGGCCAUGUACCUCGUUCCUUCUGUGCUCGAAGCGGUGGGUGAUAAAGUCGAGGCUGUUCGGCGGGAUGGACCGCCCGAACGGUUCGAGCGGAUUUUGGAAGGUCUGGGGGCGAUGCGGGUGAUUUAUUCUGGGAGUAUGAGGGUGACGAGCCCGCUUAGAGACUACUGGAGGGAGUUGAGGGGUGGGAGGCCGUUGAUGAUUAUGUAUGGGAUGUCGGAGGUUAUUGGGUUUGUGGCUAGUAAUGACUGGGAUGAUUGGGGGGAGAUGCCGCCGGUAAGGCUUUUUUUUUUUUUUGGCCUCAAUUAUGUCUGGCGUUUGGCUGAUGAAGACGUUAGGAGUGUUGUGGGCGGGUGAGGGA